AUGGACUCGCCUGCCGUCUCCGACUUUGAAGGCGACAGCGCCAGCUCGGAUUUUAUGCCUGAGCCCGCUCCUAAGGCAAGGGCAAAGGCCAAGCUAGCACCGGGAAAAAAAUUGUCCACAACGACGAAAGCAAAGCCACAGAAAAAACCGACACAAACUACACUCAAGAAGUCUACAGCUGCAAAAAAGAAACCUUCCAAGGAAACAGAGAACACGGCUCCUAGUGAUGAUGAUGUGGAUAUGAUGGGCCCCAAUUCAGCUCUCUCAAGUACACCCCCGAAACCAGUGAAAAAACCAAAGCCCGCUGCAGCAGUAAAGAAGUCAAACAGCAACCCAUUGGGGGCUCUGGAAAAUGCAUCUUCCACGACCGAUGCUUUGGGGGGAAAAGCCGGGGAUCAGUAUCAACGUCUCACACAGUUAGAACACAUCAUCAAACGUCCAGACACGUACAUCGGGUCAGUCGAGCGAACCCAACAGCAGAUGUGGGUAUACAAUUCGAGCUCUGAUCAAAUGGAAUAUCGUGAGGUUUCCUACGUCCCGGGCCUUUACAAGAUUUUUGAUGAAAUUCUUGUUAAUGCGGCGGAUAAUAAACAAAGAGAUAAGAAUAUGGAUGAAAUAAGAAUCACUCUGGAUAAAGAGGCAGGUGAAAUUAGCGUAUGGAACAACGGCAGUGGUAUUCCCAUUGAAAUACACUCGAAAGAGCAAAUCUAUGUACCCGAAUUGAUUUUCGGUAAUCUGUUGACAUCAUCUAAUUAUAACGAUGAGCAAGCCAAAGUUACUGGUGGCCGAAAUGGAUACGGAGCUAAGCUGUGCAACAUAUUCAGCACUGAGUUUACUGUUGAAACUGCGGAUUCGCGAAGCAAGAAGAAAUACAAGCAAACAUGGUCUGAAAAUAUGUCGAAGAUGGGAAAAGCAAAAAUAACUGACUGCAAAGGUGAUGAUUACACCAAGGUCACUUUCAAACCCGAUUUCAAGAAAUUUAGUAUGGAUAAAAUGGAUGAUGAUUUUGAAGCCAUUGUUAAGCGAAGAGUCUAUGACUUAGCAGGAACCUGUAAAGUCUCUGUCAAACUCAAUGGCUCAAGAGUCCCGAUCCGAAAUUUCAAAAAGUAUAUGGAAAUGUACACCAAGGCAAUCAAAAAAGAGCGAGGGGAAGAAGCCUCUUUGGACAAGAAUGAAAUAGUGACCGAAAGCCCAGAUCCAAGAUGGGAAAUCGGUUUCGCUGUCUCUGACGGUUCUUUCCAACAGGUAUCAUUUGUCAACUCGAUAGCCACCACUUCUGGAGGCACCCACGUCAACUACAUCAGUGAUCAAAUUUGCAGCAAACUAGCCGAUGCUGUAAAAAAGAAAAACAAAAAUGGGCCUACACUUAAAGCCGCACAAAUACGGAACCACAUCUUUCUAUUCGUAAACUGUUUGGUUGUUAACCCAGCGUUUACGUCGCAAACGAAGGAACAAUUGACUACCAAACAUAGUCAAUUUGGCAGUAAAUGCAUCCUUUCCGAUGACUUCCUAAAAAAAGUCCUAAAAACUCAAGUAAUGCAAAAUAUCAUGCAUUUCGCAGAACAAAAAGCAGACCAAAUUCUUAAAAAGACCGAUGGUAGCCGACGAGCACGCAUGAGUAACCCCAAGCUUACCGACGCCAACAAAGCAGGCACAAAGGAUGGCCACCAUUGCACACUCAUCCUUACUGAAGGAGAUUCAGCCAAGGGUCUUGCGAUGGCAGGGAGAGCCGUGGUUGGACCCGAUCUCUUCGGUGUUUUUCCCCUCCGUGGAAAGCUUCUCAAUGUGCGCGAUGCAUCUGUCGAUCAAAUUUCAAAGAAUCAAGAAAUUCAGAAUAUUAAGAAUUUUCUCGGCUUACAACAUAAGAAAGAAUAUACAGAUACCCGUGGCCUUCGUUACGGUCACCUUAUGAUCAUGACCGACCAAGAUUAUGAUGGCAGCCAUAUUAAGGGACUUUUAAUAAAUUAUCUCCAAGUUGCUUUUCCAAGCUUGCUUAAAAUUCCGGGUUUUUUGAUCGAAUUCAUCACCCCGAUUGUGAAGGUUUGGAGAGGUGAUCCCAAGGAGCCGAGGGAUUCAAAGUCUUUUUUCACUAUUCCAGAAUAUGAAGAAUGGAAAAAACAUCAUGGGGACGAUCGGAAAUGGGACAAAAAGUAUUUCAAGGGUCUAGGUACAAGCUCAACAGAGGACGCCGAAGUAUAUUUUCGAGAUUUGGAUAGACAUCUUAAAGAGUUCCAUGCUCUUCAAGACAAUGAGGCGCAGCUUAUUGAUCUCGCAUUUUCGAAGAAAAAGGCCGAUGAGCGGAAAGAAUGGCUUCGACAGUUCAAACCCGGUACAUUUUUGGACCACUCAGUAGAAAAGAUUACUUAUACUGAUUUCAUCAAUAAGGAGCUAAUUUUGUUCAGCAUGGCGGACAAUAUCCGGUCUAUCCCAUCAGUUGUUGAUGGAUUAAAGCCUGGUCAGAGGAAAGUUCUAUAUACCAUGUUUAAGCGCAAUGUGAAAAAGGAUGUCAAAGUGGUGGAGCUCGCUGGUUACGUCUCCGGUAUGACAGCCUACCAGCAUGGCGACGCUUCACUACAGCAAACAAUUGUCGGCCUUGCGCAAACUUUCGUCGGGUCAAACAAUGUAAAUUGUCUGGAGCCAAGUGGUAAUUUUGGUAGCCGUUUACAAGGAGGAUCAGAUUGUGCCAGUGCCCGUUACAUUCAAACUCGACUCUCGCCUUUCGCCAGACGCAUCUUUCACAGCGCAGACGAACCUCUUUUGAAAAACAGUAUUGAUGACGGGAAAAAAAUCGAGCCAGAAAUCUACGUCCCUGUAGUGCCUCUACUUCUCAUUAAUGGCGCAGACGGUAUUGGUACAGGAUGGAGCACAACAAUUCCGAAUUUCAAUCCUGAGGACAUUGUUGACAACCUAAAACGGCUAAUGGAUGGACAGGCACCCAUUCCUAUGAAACCGUGGUUUCGUGGGUUUGCUGGAGAGGUAACAGGCUCUGGAGACCGAUACAAGUUUAAUGGGAUUAUAAAGCAAACGGGUGACUCUGAAGUGGAAAUUACAGAGCUUCCUAUUAGGACGUGGACACAGGAUUUUAAAGAUAAGCUGGAAGACAUCAUCAAAGCUGAGAAAGCGCCCUCCUUUAUCAAAGACUAUAAAGAUUACAAUACUCAUAGCAAAGUUCACUUCAUUAUUCAGAUGGAUGAAAAGCACAUGAAGAAAACGCUUGAAGAUGGACUAGAGGAAAAAUUCAAGCUUUCGAAGUCUAUUUCUACUACCAAUAUGGUGGCAUUUGAUGCUGAAGGUCGGAUCACAAGAUACGACACGGCAGAAGACAUAUUACGAGCAUUUUACGCGGUCCGAAUUAUGUUCUACGAGAAACGAAAGCAAUUUUUAUUGUCCCAACUGCGCAAGGAACUUGACAAGCUUUCAAAUCAAGCCAGAUUUGUUCAGAUGAUCAUAGAUGGAAAACUCGUCAUUUCAAAGAAGGCAAAGGCUAGGCUCAUCACAGAACUGAAGGAGAAAGGUUUCAAACCAAUUCCAAAGGGUAUAGACUCCGCUCAAGAAGGCGAGAGUGAGCCAUUUGUUGAGGAUGAUGAAAAUGAAGAAGAUAAGGAAUUGGGUCAAGAUCUCUACGAUUAUCUUCUCGGUAUGCCCCUCUGGUCAUUGACGCAAGAACGAGUCGAGAAACUGCGUCGCCAAAUUGGUGAUAAAGAAAUCGAGGUAGAUCAGCUGGUCAAGUUAACAAAAGAAGAUUUGUGGAAAAGGGACCUGGAUGAGUUCAUUAAUGAAUGGCGGUUGCAGCUAGAAGGUGAAGAACGCCGGGCUAAGAAGGCCCGAAGCUAUGGUAGACGUGUGUCGGCAAAGUUGAAAACCGGAGGCCGAGGCCCUGCUGCGAAGAAGCGGAAGGCUGAAGAUGAUGAUAGUGACUUCGGUCCUAAACCAAAGAAAGCCACCGUGGUCAAUCGAGUUAAACCCACGGGUGGCCUUCUCGACUACCUGAGCAAAUCCAAGCCACAGCCAAAAGUAAAGAGCUCGACUUUUGAUGGUGCUAGUGGCACUGAUGAUUUUGAGGGCGAAGUUCUUCCUCAGAAGAAGCCUCGUGCCACUAUAAAGAAGGGUAAAACAGAUGAUUUCGUUCCAUUCUCCUUCAGUGAUACAGAUGAUGGUAAAGACGUUUUACGCGAAAAAGAAUCAGCAGGACUAGAGAAAAAGCCAAAAGCACGCUCUCCUAGUAUACCGGUUCUCUCUGAAGGCGAUGAUUUCCAAUUGGUUCCAAAACACGUGAACAGAGCUUCGCGCACUGAGGCCAUACUGGACAAUGAUCCCGAUUUGGACGACGUUGUUGCCAAGCCACGUCAACGCGCUGCACGCAUCAAUCGGAAACCUGUUAUCUACGACGAGCCUAGCUCUUCCGACAUUGAUCAGGGCGAUGAUUUAUUAGGUGAUGUCAGCAAAAUGGUCAAAGGCAUAGGUGCGAGAACAGUAGAUCCACCAGCAUCUCCAGCACUCUUUUCUUCUGAGUACUCCCGGCCGGGUGUUGGGCUUGGGACCAAAGCAGUGCCGAAAUCCCUUCGUGCCACGGCGGAGUUUGACCCCGACGAGACAGAUUACUCAAAACUCAUUCCGAUGAACUCACCUCGACGGUCUCUACUCGUAAAACCAAAAGACGGAAAGGAAUCCAGAAUCGAUGAGGAUGACACAGAAAGCUCGCCAAUAGCCAGUAGCAGGCCAACUGUGAAAUCCACAAAGACGGCCGCGUCAGCCAGCACUCGAGCUAAACCUCAGAAGGCACCAGCAAAGAACAAAGCAACGUCGGCCAAAAAGACUCAGCUUUCACCGGCGGCCAAAGUAUAUGCUAAAAGGAAGACAGUCACGAAGAAAGCAUUAGCCGAUGAGCUCUCGGAUGACGAUAUUGACGCCAUGGCUAACGAUAUCCUUGAGUCUUCGGAGUCCGAGAAAGAGUCGAUACCCAAGGCCGCAACCGCCCCGGCAGCACUGAAAGGCCGACCGGCGCGCCGAGCGGCAGCAGCUCCAAAAAAGGCAGCUUAUAUGAUUGAUAGCGACAGCGAGGAUGAAUUCGCUGGCGGGGCUUCCUCUAGCGACGAUUUUUCGGACAUUGAGUAA